AAAAGCUGGUAAGGAGCCGAACACCACUGUGACAUUCUUACUCUGGAUUAGAGUGACAAUCUGAUAACAUCAUCACAUUACUUGAGGACAAUGUCUUCACCUUUUGGGAAAAAAUGGGUGCUCCUAGUUUCUGGAUCCAAAGGCUGGGCGGACUACCGCCAUCAGGCUGAUGUGUGCCGUGCCUACCAGAUUAUGCACCGCCAAGGAAUUCUAGAUGAGCAAAUCGUGGUUAUGAUGUAUGAUGACAUCGCAGAUAACCCAGAAAAUAAUUCCCCGAGAAUUAUCAAAAAUGAGCCAUUGGGUGGAGACGUUUAUGAAGGUGUUCCAAAGGAUUACACUAAAGCUGAUGUGACUUCAUCAAAUUUCCCUGCUGUUUUAAGUGGGAAUAAAUCGAAGCUCUCAACAGGAAAUGCGAGCUCCAGAAAAGUGAUUCAGAGCAACAGCAAAGACACCAUUUUUGUGUACAUGACAAACCAUGGAGGUUCUGGAUUGUUCUCUUUUCCAGCAGCGCAUGAUGUUCUUCAUUCUGAGGACCUUGUGAACACCCUCACAGAAAUGGCAGACAUGCACAAGUUUGUUCAGCUUGUGAUUUUUGUGGAGAGCUGUUAUUCUGGUUCGAUGCUGAAAAACCUUCCACACAAUAUUCCAGUGUAUGGCAUAACUGCAAGCCCUCCUGAUAAGUCAUCAUAUGCAGCCUUCCACGAUAGAUGGAGAGGCACCUACCUGGCAGAUGUAUACUCUGCAAUCUGGAUGGACUUUGUUGAACGGAAUGAACUGGAGAGAACAACAUUUGAGGAACUGUUUAAACAUCUGAGCUUUGAACUUUGGAGACAGAACUUACCUCGUUGUCAGCAAUAUGGGAAUACCGGUCUCAGCAAACUACCAUUGAGUAGUGUCCUUGGAACAACUUCCCAUGAACGUGUGGUUUUCGCCAGAAAGGAAUUGAGACUAACCCACCUGACCGUCAGCCAUGAAGUCCGUCACAAAAUUUACCAGGGUAAAAUCGAAUCAGAAAAGCAAGGUGCCAUGAAAAGAGACUUGGAAACAGCAUAUGAAGAAUACAAAAAAAAACAACGCAGCAUGGCCAAAGGUGUGGAGAUCUUCAAAGUGCACUGUUCCAAGGGCCGUUGUCUUGUCCCAAAAGAGCAGCGAGAGCUAACCAGUCAGAGCGACUUCAAGAGGGUUACAGAAAGCUUCAGAGAAAUAUUUUGGGAUCUACAUGACGAAAUGCUGGAGUUGACACUGCCUGUGCCACAGGUCUUGUUGGAAGUCAUGGAAUUCAACGUGGAUGUCGAGCACAUAAUAGAGGGAAUAGCUCUGAUGAGGACCGUCGUGGAUACCUUCAUCCCUCCUGCUCGUACGAGGCGUCGCCAUAUUCGCCGUCUUCGCCGGGAGCUGAGCAUGCCAGUUGAGUAGGAGGAGUGGACUCUAACACUCUGGACAGCUACCAACCAAUCAUCCCCUCAUCAUCCCAAGCACUCAACCAAUCAGCGGCCAGCAUCGGCAGAGUAGUGAGACCCAGAGAACAUACCAUAGAUAUUAAGUGGGCUUUGACCAUAUGGAACAGGAACUGUCAAUGGCCGCGUUUGUGAUGGUGCAGUGCUGCUUUUACUUUCCAGUUUGAUUAUCUGUGAUUAAGUUUCAUUUAGUAGCUUAGCAUGUGGAUACAUAUACAAUAUAGUUGUUAUUUGAUUUGAUCUAUGGGGUAGAGCAAGGUACUGUAGUUCUACCUGUAAUUAGGCCUACAUACGGUAUAUCUGUAAUCUCAUAUUUUUUUCCCUGUCUUUCCCAUGUUUAGC